UGCGGAUGCACUCAUUGUAAACAGGGUUUCAUUCAGGUAUGAUAAGCCCUUCACCAGGUUGGACAGGAUUUAUUCAUGAUUUUUUUCACCUUUUCUCGUUUUUCUUUACACUUCCUGUUUCUCGUAUGUCUUUCAGUUUUCCUGCAUUACACGGACACCGGUGGUGAUCAGGGAUGAACUGGUCUGGACUAGAGACUUUAAUCAGCGGGGUCAACAAGUACUCCACGGUGUUCGGCCGUAUUUGGCUGUCCGUGGUGUUUGUGUUUCGCGUGAUGGUGUUUGUGGUGGCGGCCCAGCGCGUUUGGGGCGACGAGAGUAAAGACUUUGUGUGCAACACCAAGCAGCCAGGCUGCAAUAAUGUCUGUUAUGACCAUUCCUUCCCCAUAUCUCACAUCCGUCUGUGGGCAUUGCAGCUCAUCUUCGUCACGUGCCCGUCACUCCUGGUCGUAGCCCACGUCAAAUACAGAGAGGAAAAGGACAAAAAAUAUGUGGCCAACCACGAGGGCACCCACUUAUAUGCCAACCCCGGCAAAAAACGUGGUGGUCUUUGGUGGACCUACCUUCUGAGUUUGGUCUUCAAAAUAUUGAUAGACGCCACAUUUCUCUAUAUUCUUCAUUACAUAUAUAAAGGCUACGACCUACCCCGCCUUGUAAAGUGCUCGUUGGACCCGUGUCCUAAUACGGUGGAUUGCUUCAUUUCCCGGCCUACGGAAAAGAAGAUCUUUAUGCAGUUUAUGGUGAUCUCUUCUGUGCUCUGCAUCUUCAUGUGCAUCUGUGAACUGGUUUAUCUCAUCGGAAAGCGAAUAAUGAAAAAAUUGACGAUGACUCAAGACCAUCCAGAGAGUUGUAAAAGAGUUGACCCCACGCGAUCCAGCAACCAAAGCUUGAGUUCACGAAAGUCGAAGGAGACCAAAUUAGACAAAACUGCCAUUUAAUGACAAAACCUUAAAACCUUUCAGACUCGGCAUAAAAGAAGUACGCUUAUUUUCUCCAACAUUCACAUUCAGAGGAAACAAAAAUGAAGGACGAAACAGAAAAAAUGGUCUUUGUAGGGGUUAAAAACCUCAAACUGUCAAGAUCUCAUUUUACAUUCAAAUUCAUCCUUAUUAAUAUAUAUUUUUGAUCUUUCUAUUAUAAGGUCUUGAAUGUUAUCUUCAUACACAUGUCGAGUGAAGUCUAUUAAAAUGCUUCACUUUAUAAAUGUUCUGCCCCACUUUUGUAAUUAAAUACAAAACUUAGUGGGGCGGUUUCCAGUUUAAUGUGGUAUUUGCAAGGACUGUAUGUGUCAUGUUUAUUAUUUGUUUUUUUUGUUUACAUUUGUCCAUGUUGUGUACAGAGCGAUUAAAUGUUCAUUUACUUGUAGGUGUUGCCUUUGUUUCCUGGAGUCAACAUGAGAUGAGAAAGAAAUGUAUUGUGCACAUUAUAAAUUCUUAAGAAAACAAAGAUGGCACGUCACGCUUGUACAGCUUUUCAGCUUUCUGUAUGAUAUCCAUCUUGCUCUUGUCCAUUCAGUUUUCAGUUCAUGUUGCACUACGUUUGUACCCAGAAUGCACUUAAAAAUAAAAUCUUCAGCACCCUAUGCCCAGCGCACUUUAAUUUACAUGUUACAUAAGAAACACCUCUUGAUCUUUUUCCUUCAGCAUCCAAUGAUUACAUCCCUCC